UAGACCAGAGACGGUCCCAGUUUGUGAUAUUUAUACUGUACACAUUAUAUUUCAGGUACAAAUGUAUAUUCAUACUGGUGUAUUCAUAUUGAUAAAUUCUGAACAAAAAGAUUGAAUUUUAUAAAUCAUACCUGUUUCGGAUUUACCUCUUAUAGACAGGCAGAUGUAAUGCAGUAUAUAUAAAUCUCAACAAGACGUGAGUAGAUGGUACAAUGGUUCAGUCUUUUGAUGAGUUUUGUGGAUAUUCUCCAAUUUGGGAUGAAGACUUGUUGUUAAACAGUUCAUACCCACAUUUUACAGACUGUUUCCAGGAUACCUUACUGAUAUGGGUUCCAUGUGCAAUCCUCUGGCUUUCAAUGCCUUUGUAUAUUCGUUACUUGCUGAAUAAAGAGAGAACACCUCUGCCAUUAUCUGGUCUCAAUGUGUCAAAAACUUUUUUCUCAUUAAUAUUAUUCUUUGUGUGUGGUGUUAUUCUGUUAUAUUCGGGAGAAAAAGCAACAAGUGGUCGCUACAAUACAACAGCAUUUUACACUGGUGGCAGUAUCAAUGCUGCUACAUUCUUACUUGUGGCAUUAACAGUUCAGUUAGAACGUAAAAAAGGGGUAAUUACAUCUGGAGUAUUGUUUGUAUUCUGGUUGCUAACCAGUUUGGCUGCCAUUAUUCCAUUUUAUACAAAGAUAGAAGAAAAGGAAUAUGAUGAUCGUAAAUUCCAGUUCACUCUGUAUUGUGUGUAUUUUGCUCUUGUAUUGCUUCAACUUGUCCUUACAAGUUUCGUAGAGAAACAUCAAAGACGCGGUUACCAGACUCUUGGAAAGGAAGAGUGUCCAGAGGUGAAGGCAUCAUUCCCAUCCAAACUCUCUUUUGAGUGGAUAACAAAACUGGUUGUAAAGAUUUACAAGUCUGGGAUAAAAGAUUAUGAAUUGUGGGAUCUACAUCCACGUGACAAGUCAGAAACAUUUAUACCAAAGGUGCAAAAAUCCUGGCAAGAAGAAUUGCAGAAGUACAGACAAGCUGAUGAAAUACCAGUAUCUAAUGGGUUAAGAAAGUCACAUCUACAGGAGACAAGUUUUAUACAGCAGUCCACAGAGAGGACACCUCUAAUAAACACAAAAAGCAAGCAGAAAUAUGAUGGAGACAGUAAGGGAGCUAAGAAGGAAGAGAAGACAAAGGGGCCAUCACUCUUCAAAGUUCUUGUGAAAAAUUUUGGUGGUCAGAUUUUGAUUGGUUGGAUGUGUAAAUUUCUCUACGACUUAUUACAGUUUGUCAACCCCAUGAUAUUAAAUCUUUUAAUUGGCUAUGUGGAAUCCAAAGGAGAUAGUAACGUUACAGUAUAUGAAUGGAAAGGUUAUGUAUAUGCUGCGGGAUUGUUUGUCGUAGCCAUGACACAAUCUGUAUUCUUUCAUCAAAAUUUUCACAUCUGUAUGACGGCUGGUAUGAGGAUGAAGUCUGCUUUAAUUUCUGCUGUGUACAGCAAGGCAUUAACUAUGAACAGUGAAGCAAAGAAGUCAUCUACAGUAGGGGAAAUUGUCAACCUGAUGUCCGUAGAUUGUCAGAGAAUACAGGAUAUCACUGGCUAUCUUUGGAUGUUGUGGUCAGCUCCAGUACAGGUCAUUCUUGCCAUGACCUUACUGUGGAAUACUCUCGGACCUUCUGUCCUAGCAGGACUUGGGAUCAUGAUUUUGUUGAUGCCCAUUAAUGCCUUGAUUGCAAUGAAACAAAGGAAGUUCCAAAUUACUCAAAUGAGGCUCAAAGACCAGAGGAUCAAGUUGAUGAAUGAAGUUCUCAAUGGAAUAAAGGUCCUGAAGCUAUAUGCUUGGGAGAAAUCAUUUGAGGAAAAAGUUCGAGAUAUCCGGGAUAAAGAACUCUCUGUCAUUAGGAAGGCUAGUUACCUGAAUGCAAUUAGCACAUUCUUCUGGACUUCUGCACCUUUCCUGGUAACACUGGCUACAUUUGCAACAUACAUUCUGAUAGACAAUACCAAUUAUUUGGAUGCACAGAAGGCAUUUGUUUCCUUGUCACUGUUCAACAUUCUAAGAUUCCCAAUUAACCUGCUUCCAAUGAUCAUCUCAUAUGUUGUACAGGGUAAUGUGUCUUUAGGACGUAUAGGCAGAUUUCUACAGACAGAUGAUCUGGAUCCAGACAAUGUUCAACAUACAGAAAUUGCAGAUUAUGCAUUGUCAAUUGAAAGAGGAACAUUUUCGUGGGGAAAAUAUGAUAAACCAACACUAGAAAAUAUAAAUCUGGAUAUAUCUGAUGGUAAACUGGUAGCAGUUGUUGGUCAGGUAGGAUGUGGAAAAUCAUCUCUAGUGUCUGCCUUUCUCGGAGAAAUGGAAAAAAAUGAGGGAAGAGUAAAAGUCAAGGGGUCUGUAGCCUAUGUACCACAACAAGCCUGGAUACAGAAUGCUACAGUUAGGGAAAAUAUCUUAUUUGGAAAGGACGUAGACCAAAAUAAGUAUGAGCAGGUGAUAGAGGCGUGUGCACUGAAACCUGACCUUGACAUCUUGCAAGGAGGCGAUCUUACAGAAAUUGGAGAAAAGGGUAUCAAUUUGUCAGGAGGCCAGAAGCAGCGUGUAAGUUUGGCUCGUGCUGUAUACAACAAUGCUGACAUUUAUAUGCUGGAUGAUCCUCUCAGUGCAGUUGACUCGCAUGUCGGCAAACACAUCUUCAAUAAAGUUAUAGGAUCAAAAGGUUUACUCAGAAACAAGACGCGUAUUCUUGUGACACAUGGAGUUCACUGGUUGCCGAUGGUUGACACUAUAGUUGUAAUGGUAGACGGCCGCGUAUCUGAACUCGGAUCAUACGAGGAGUUGAUGUCACAUGAUGGAGCAUUUGCUCAGUUCCUCAAGGUCUAUCUAACACAGGAAGACAAUGAUGAUGAAGAUGACCCUGAAGUUCAACAAAUAAAGAGUAAAAUUUUGGAAAGAGUUGAUUCUGUAACAUCUGGUACAGAUGGGACUGGUGUCUCUGGUGAUGAAGAUGUUGUGGGCCGACUUAGAACCACCCCGAAAUCUGGGAAGAAAAAGCCUCCCCUUGAGCGAACAAUAUCUACAAUAGACAAAGGAGCUAAAGGUGAAUGGAAGGAAGAUAAGGAUAAGAAGAAAGCUGAUAAACUUAUUGAAGCUGAGAAGGCAGAAACAGGAAAUGUAUCAUGGAAGGUGUACAUGAAAUAUUUUUCUGCGAUUGGAGCGCUGGCAACAUUUGUUAUAUUUGCGCUGUUUAUCGUGUACCAAGGUGGUGGUAUAUACUCCAGUAUCUGGCUGGCACAGUGGACAGAUGAUGACUAUCUCAAGAAUCCCAAUAAUGUUAAUACCACCGAAUAUCAGAACAGGAAUUAUAAAUAUUUGGGAAUUUAUGCAGCACUUGGAGUUGGUCAAGCUAUUGUAAUCCUUAUCUAUGCAAUAAUAUGUGCAAUAACAAUGAUCCGAGCUGCGGGAAUUCUACACAAUGGAAUGCUGGCCAACAUUCUUAAACUACCUAUGGCAUUCUUUGAUACAACACCUCUAGGACGAAUUGUCAACAGGAAUUCCCAGGACAUUGAGACGAUUGACAACAGACUGCCAGUAACAAUGCGUGCAUUUCUCAGUCAGCUUUUUACUGUGAUAGGAACAUUUGUAGUAAUCACAUAUAGUACACCUAUAUUUAUAACUCUUCUCGUACCUGUCCUUGUUGUGUAUUAUAUCGUACAAGUAAGUUGGCAGCAUGAAUCAGUAGACAGACAAACGGCCCAGUGGUACCUGGUGCAUGACGUGCCAGGACAGAUGUAUGGCACAGUGGUACCUGGUGCAUGAUCUGCCAGCCCCUUU